CGGAAAUGAGCUCCCAGAAUUCAUGUCCGCAACGACGCGCAUGCGCUGUUUGAAAGAAUCAAUGAAUGGUUGAAAAUGAGUUCUAAAAUACCAAGAAAAGCCCUAGCCAUUCAGGCACGAAAGAAGCGAUCUAAGGCAAAGACGCGAUUCAAAGACGAGAAGAAAAGAGAAUCUCGUGAUUCUGGAGGAUCAGCGGAGCCUCGUAAACAUGACCCUGUGUAUGACGAUGACGAGGAGGAAGAGGAGAUCCUGGGAUCUGACGAUGAUGAACAGGAAGAUCCUAAAGACUACUGCAAAGGUGGCUACCACCCGGUGAAGAUUGGUGACCUGUUAAACAACCGCUACCACAUUGUGCGCAAGCUCGGAUGGGGCCACUUCUCAACUGUCUGGCUGUGUUGGGACUUACAGGCAAAGCGGUUUGUGGCGAUGAAAGUUGUUAAGAGCGCCCAGCACUACACAGAAACUGCCAUAGAUGAAAUUAAACUUCUCCGAUGUGUACGGGAAUCAGAUGAGGAAGAUCCGUUCAGGGAGCGCACUGUACAACUACUAGAUGACUUCAAGAUUUCCGGCAUUAACGGGACACAUGUAUGUAUGGUGUUCGAGGUGCUCGGAAACAACCUCCUCAAGUUUAUCAUUCGAUCUAACUACCAGGGAAUACCCUUGCCCAACGUGAAAAACAUCAUCAGACAGGUGUUACAAGCGCUACACUAUCUCCACGCGAAGUGUAAGAUAAUCCACACAGACAUCAAGCCAGAGAAUGUUCUCAUUUGCGUAGACGAGACCCAUAUACGGAAACUUGCCGCUGAUGCGUACGAGUGGCAGAAGAAAGGAGAUAAGCUGCCAGGAUCUGCCGUUAGCACUGCCCCGAAGGAAAAAACCGGCCGAGAGCUCAAGAUGUCGAAAAACAAGAAGAAGAAGAUGAAGAAGAAGGCCAAGAAACAACAACAGCUGAUGGAUCUUCAAAUGCAGCAGAUAACAGAAAUGGAGAAUGAGCAGCCUGUAGAUGACACAGAUCAAGCAAACGAGUCUCCAGACGCUAAGCGGUCCCUAAUAUCCACAAGCAACAAUAAUACUGAGCCAACCUGUGAUAGUAACAACAGCAGCAAGCGCAACAGCGUCGUGUGUGACGGUGACGAAGGGUGUGACACACCUGACAGCCCCACCAGCGAUCCAACAACCGACCCUGUGACCCCUGCUGCUGUCAAGCCGGAUGGGACCGCCCAGAUCACGACGGUGGAUAACACCGUGAACAUCACCAUUAACCAUGAGAACGACAUCAACGUUCUUAGUCAGCAGAACAACAAUGCCAACCCCAACAAAUCCAAUGACACAGGCACAUUAGACAAGGCAAGUCUAAGGGAACAGAAAGAAAACCUUAAGAACUCUUCAGAAUCUCUGCAAAACAACCUUGAUGACCGGAAGAAAAACCUGGAAAUCAAGGACCCUGCUGUCCCUGAGCUUGAAUCUCCGUCUGUCGAAACAACCAAAGGCAUUUCCACAUCAACGAGUGGUGAUUCUAUAAGUGUGUCAGUGUCGGAGUCGACACAGUGUAACGGACAUGAUUCUCCCAUAAAGGAGGAGCCGUCGGCUGAUAGGGGUAGGGACGAGGUUCGUGCUGCUGCCGACGGUACUGCUGCUAUCUGUGAUGAUGCUGCCCCUAUGGAUCAGGGCGGCCAGGAUGCGGGGCCUGUCGUAAUGCCACCCCCUCCUAAUAUGUUUGAUGAGCAGGAAGAAAAAGGUGACGGAGAUGGCACAAUGACUGCUGUCCCAGAGCGUAGGUUGGAUCCAGUCCGCGAGAUUGGUGAUGUACCGUGCAAGAUUGCAGACCUGGGAAAUGCCUGCUGGACUUAUCACCACUUUACAGAGGACAUUCAGACACGACAGUAUCGCUGUCUGGAGGUACUGAUAGGAGCAGGAUAUGGAACCCCUGCCGAUAUGUGGAGCACGGCGUGCAUGGCGUUUGAGCUGGCGACAGGUGACUACCUGUUUGAGCCUCAUUCUGGCGGUGAGGAGUAUUCCAGGGAUGAGGACCACCUCGCCCACAUCAUAGAGCUCCUUGGACCCAUCCCUCGAAACAUCGCUCUCAGUGGAAAAUACUCCCGCGAGUUCUUCAACAGGAAAGGAGAGCUAAGAAAUAUCACCAAGUUGAAGCCAUGGUCAUUGUUUGAUGUGUUAACUGAAAAAUACGAGUGGGACCCUGACGAGGCAACAGCCUUCUCCGACUUUCUAACACCCAUGUUGGAGUUCGACCCUGAACAUCGAGCCACUGCGGGAGAAAGUCUACAGCAUCCCUGGCUUAGCUCAUAGCGGCAAGGGAGUCCGUGUGGAGUUACUAAAUUGUCUCGGACAGCGUGACUUGGGUUCUGUGUGAUGUACAGUACUUAUGUGAAGUGUAUAAUAAAUGUUGACGAGGCGGUUUUCCGAACUCAGAAAUAAAAAUAAAAUGUGACAUGUUUUUUUCCAGUAAACUUUUUAGUGAAAUAAAUACUAGAAGAGGGGUGAAAAUGAGAGCUUUAAGUGGCAGUGGAAAUAAAAGCAGAUACAAAUUUCUUUUUUCACCACUCUAAUAGUCUUCCUAACCUAGGUCAUUGGCUACUGAGGCUGCUAAUGUGCGCAAUGAACUUGUCAUAUAUGAAUACUCCCUGAUAUUUAGGGACAAACUAUGUUAACAAAACCAGUGUGCAUCACAAUUCAGCUCCUAACAUUGUCAUUAGAUUCUCAGUCUUCGAAAUUAGACUUCUGAAUGAGCAAGCUCCAAAUUAUUACACAAUGCUUGGCAACAACAGUCUUUACAGUCCCUGCUUUAUAAAAAUCAAGAAUUUGAGCGAGAGCGGAAAGCAAUUUAGCAGUGCAGGGCUUGCAGGCUUGUGCUAAUUUCGACCACAGAGUCUACGUAGGCUUGAUAUUCUUUGUUUGUGUUAACUUUAGUGUUUCACUUAUUGUUUGUUACUGUUUUAUCUUUUGGCAAAGGUCAAUUGUUAGUUAAGUCUUGAUAUGAAGGAUUUUUCCCCUUGGAAAAACAGAAGAGUAUGGGUAAUCGAAUAGCGUUCCCGCUAUGAAGCACCAAAAUAAUUGUGCUAGCAUUCCAAGCAAAUAGUUCUAAAAGUUAACGUGCAUGUACUUAUUUUUACAGGAAAUGAAAUGUACUAAUAUUGUUGUCAAGUUAGGAAGUGUUUAAUUUGGGAUAUAAGUAAAAAUAAUUUGAUCCUUUGGAAAACUUUAAGGCUUGUUUAGCAUUGAUUAUUAUUUGCAAAGACCAAUUCUUACAUAGUGAUAUCGAAUACACACAGGGAUGGCAUAAUAUUUAGGAAAUAUACAUAAUUGCUUCUUAUGUUUUGGAAAUAUACAUGAAUGCUUCUUUUGUUUUGCAAUGCUUAAAUAUAUCUGCUGGUAUAAAAUACAAAAAUUCAGAUAUUCAUACGAUGAUUUGAAAGUUUGAUAUUACUUGACACGAAACAAUUAAGAUUGAUAUGACGUAACACGAAACAAUUAAGAUUGCUAUGACUUAACAUGAAACCAUUAAGAUUAAUAUGACUUAACACGAAACAAUUAAGAUUGAUAUGACGUAACACGAAACAAUUAAGAUUGCUAUGACUUAACACGAAACAAUUAAUUAAGAUUGAUACGACUAACAUGAAACAAUUAAAUGAUAAUAUAUUCUCUAUGGGGGCGGGUAUUUUAAUUAUGGGGCAUUACAACCGCCAUCUUUACCUUAUGUCAGUUUUGCCGAAACAUUAAAAUGGGAGACCCAUGUGUAUGAUAUGCUUUAGCUUGUCACAAAUUUUGUGUACUUGAAGUGUGCUUGCUUAUUUAUCUGUAGAUCUGUAAAGUCUUGUUUUCCUGUGUUCAUUAAAAAUAAUCUCUAAACAUUUCCUUCAAAUGAUUAUUACUUCAUUAUUGAAGGGUUUGUUUGAUUUCCGGAACUUAUAUAUAUGUAACUAUGUAGUCAAUGCUGUAUUUAGACAUCAGAACGACAGUGUGUUAGUUUUGUUUGACAUUUGUUUUAACUAGAUACCUGUAGAUGUUUAAUUGUGCUAGAAUAUUUGUGAUAUUACUAACAUUUAGGUUAAUAAUUAUUGAAAUCCUUUGUAUUUUCUCCUUUUACUGCUGUGAAUUAACAUUGGCAGGAUAGCUAAAUGAAAAUGAAGAUCAGGGCUGGUAUUUUUCAUUAAGUAUCGUAGUGAACAAUUUCAACUUUGUAAAAAAAAAAUGCUUUUCUUCAAGUUAAUUUUAUAGAACACCUUAGUGAAAAAAGGUUUUUUUCUUAGUUUAUUUUAUAGAUCAUCGAAAAUAAGCAUGAACAAAAAAAUCAUAAUAAUAGAUGGAUUAAUAGAUGGAUAUGAAUAAAUUAGAUGAAAUGUGGUGUGUACUUACAAUAUUUGUUGUUAAAAAUUCAAGCAUUGUCACUAAGAUGAAAAUGUCCACUAAGAGGCUUGAUUGAAUAUGGCCCCUGAAACUGUGAAAAGGUCUUACAGCAUGUUAUGUCCACCUUAAGAAUGAGAAAUGGCAAUUGCAGUUAAACACGCUGGAAGAUUUCAGAUUUUAGGAACUAAACGAUUGCAGAUAAGGUCAGAAGUUGAUUAUCUUGUUUGAUUGAUUGCAGUCUGAAUAGGACUUCUAGUCGGAUGGCAGUUACUCACAUUAAGUUACGUAAUGGAUGAAAAUGUGCAAAUAAGGACCAGUAGUAAACAGUGAAGGGUUGGGGUAGUAAGGUUGUAUUUAACUAAGAUUAAAUGUGAAAUAUUGUUUUUAUGUCCAUAUGUCCUUGAAAAAGUAUAUUAAAUAAUGAAAAAGACCUUCUUUGUGAAAUAUUCUUUGCGACUAUCUUGGCUAAAAAUAAAAAAGACGAACAUAUCUAAUGCUUUUCAUUACAAAAUGUGUGAGCAAUCAUUUGUGUAUAAAUUAAUAAUGGACUCGAAUUUGUACGCAUUUGUGUCAUCACCAUGCUAUUUUGUUUUAGGAUUUUUAAAAUACUAUUUUUCCAGUUAAAUAAGCAAACCUAUGAGUUACUGAUGGGCAUUUUAUUCACAUUAUUUGUUUAAUCUCAUGUUUUUAUAAAACAAUUCAUCUUCACACAUUGUUUUUAAGAGAACAAAAUAUAGAACAAUGCUUGCAUUUCUCUAUCACAGGCUGUAUCCAUAAAGCAUCUUUGGUUUGAAUUAUUAAAUUGAAUUUUUAUCUGAGCUGAAUUAAAUGAAAUUUAACAUUUUUUUUACAAAAUACUCCAGACAAUUUACUUAAAAUGUAAACAAUUAAUUUAAAUGAAAAGAAAAGGGUAUUUAAAAAAGAUUAGUAGGAUGUUUUUACUUACCAGUAACUUGUUUUGUCUUUUAAUAAUAUGGCUAAUGAAUUAUGGCCCCGAGAGAGAUGAUCACAAUAUUUAUGCGAACAAGACUGAUGGAAAAAAGGUAUUUUGCUUUUUUGGUAUUGGAAUGUAUUCAUAUGGCAAUUCUUCGUAACCGACACCUUGUGAAUGUAGGUAACCAGCAGUACUUGGUGAGCUUGUGGGACCCCGCAUGUAUCAUACAUUUCAUUACAGUGUAUAUUUCAAACAGAUAAUAAUAUGUAUAUUGUGAAAUGCAUUUUACUGUUCCUGUAAUUUAAGUUAACAUGACUGCGAUUAAAGUUUAUGCAAAUACA